AUGUUCGGUUCAACAGACCUCACCCGCCAAGCCUCUUACGGCGCGAUCCGGACCCCCAAAAUCACCACACAGGAACCCACGGCCGGCGAACCCGAGCUCGACCUCUCAGGACUCCUCCUGUUCGUCGUGAUGUACUUUUGCGUCCUGUUCCUCUUCUUCUGUCUCGCCGCCAAUUCCAUACACGGGUGCUACGACCACUACGGCGCCAUGGCCGAGGAGGGGAGGUCUGGUCGGGGCAGACGGCGGAGGCGCCGCGAGGCCGGGGACUCGUCGCCUCUCCACCAGGAGGAAGACCCCAUGGAGCGGGGGCUUCUGGAUUUCCGCGGGGACACUCCGCCGCCGGCGUAUCACACGAUUGUCAUCAACGUACCGCCAUAUGACGAUGCCGAGGAGGAGGAGAGGGAGAGACGCCACUCCGAUAGUGUCACGCCCCCGCACUAUGCCGACGACGUGGAGGAUAGUAUCUUGGAGACGUACAGGUCGAGCGAAAUAGUGCACAUGGACUAA